CCGAAUACCGGGUUUAAUUACUCCUUUCUAGCUUUCGCCAAUCGCCAGUCGAACUUGUCCAAUGUUAUGCAAAGAUAGGUGCAGGAUGUAGAUCCAUAUCGUGCAGACAUUUUACGCUUGACAGAUGAAAGUGUUGAAAGAUACCACCUUGUAAACAGUCAUGUUGCCGAGUCAAGCCCAGUCUGCAGCUAACGCCUUCCUUAGACUAAGUCAGAGGAUUGAUACCCAGUGUGCCUUUUUCCACAAAAAUUUCCACCAAAAUUUCCGGAAAGCAACAAAUGAAACCCAUUACGAUGUUCUGGGGGUUCCUAGUGAUGCUUCAGAUAAAGAAAUAAAGAAAGCUUUUAUAGAACUUUCUAAAAAGGUGCAUCCUGAUGCUGACUCCAAAGAUAAAACCUUACAUGACAAAUUUGUGAAAAUUAACAGAGCGUAUAGUGUACUGAGUAAACCUUCAGAAAGAAAAAUUUAUGACGAGGGUCUAAAGGCGGGUUUUCAUGUGGAGCCAGAUGAGGUGUCCACAGCUGAGACCUGGAAUCCUAAUCAAACACAGUAUUAUUAUCAUCCAAGAUUUUAUAAAGAUCCAGAAAUGAGGAAGCAGGCAGCUAAAACAUGGAAGGCACAUACAGGAUAUUCUUUUGCUGAAUAUGAAAAGGAGGUACCUCAUGAAGGACGACUUACGAAAACAGCGUCUGUUUACCUAUGUAUCUUCCUCAUGUUGCUUGGAUCUCUGUUAGGAUAUUUGCAGUAUUUAAAUGCCAAGAGUUUUGUCACAGCAAAAAGGAAUAAAUCUGCAGAAAUUGAAGAGAGGACAAAGAUGAAAGAUACAGCAAAUGUGGUAUCUGUUGGAAGAAGAGUAAGAGAUAAGAAAAGUUUGGAAACAAGAGAAGAAGAAAAAGAUCUUACAGUCGACAGUCUAGCUGGACCAGCCAGCAUAUUAUCUCCAGAACCAUUGAAGACGUGAUGUUUAAAUGCAGUUUAGUAAGAUUGAUUGUAGAUGUAUGGAUGUUGGAGCAUAUGUGAUUUUGAAGAAUGGAACGACAGAUGAGGCUGUGAAAAUGUAUAGCAUUUUAUCUGUGAUCAAGAAUGACUGAAAAACAUGAAUUUCAAAACAUUUGAAAAGCACUUUUAUUGUUGACGAAAUUGAAAU